UAUAUGUAAUAAAAGCCCGCGUGUGUACAGUAAGUACACGGAAUAACCGCCAGGUGGCGACUUACGCAAUACAUCGUACCAAGGAAAUAAUCCACUAUAGUAAAUCAUCGCCUCAGACUGUAUAUAGCCAGCUGGUUUUAAUUUAUGUCAGGGCAUUGUCUAAGUUAAUUAAACCAUUAUUAUAUUUAAAUAUGUAUUUUGAACAUUUAUUAGGGAACGAACUGUGUAGAAGUUUUUUGCGUAGUUACUGUACCUUGGCAGAAGACCGCCAAAAGCAUAAUUAGGGAAGAGAACGACUGUUGAUCAAAAGGUUUCGUUUCCUAGGUAUACGUUUUAAGCUUCUCCCACAACAGUUCCUGUUCUCGUUUAGAUUACCACUGUUUAAUUUAUUCCUAACUACGGCAAACGACCUCAAAUCGAAUGAGCUCUUUUAUGGAUCUCUAAGCGAUUUUUGCGUAUUCAUGAGCUUGGAUCCAUCUGAUCUGUUUCAAUGUAUAUGAUGACGAAUAAUAUACGCAAGUACAUGUUAUAUAUUUUAUCUAUAUAUGUAUUUAUUAACAGUAUGUCGAUACGUUUAAGUAGAUUAUUAUAUAAAAAUGGAUGUCGGUGAAUAUGACCAUUGCGAAAACAUUGUGAGCUUAACAUACCUAGAUUUACUUGUGUUACAAAAACCAUAAUGGAGCAGGAUAAACAGGUUAAUAUCAUACAUCAUUGGCGAAUUUUAUCAAAUGUAAUGAGAAGAAUGAAUACUUUUGAGAUGAUACGUUUACGAGGAAAGCAAUCAAAUACUGCUAAGUACUAUUUUGAUGGUCAUAUCUAUUACCACGAUGGCAGAGGAAGUAGUACCAUCUUUCGCUGCAAAGAAAAAAAUUGUUCUGGCUGUGUAGCAAGGGUGUAUGUAGAACAUUUUAAUAAUUUGGAUCACCCAGAAGUUGUUUAUGAGCACAACCAUGAUAGAGAUGAUAAUGUAUUGUUAAAAGAUUUUAAGGAAGAACUAGAAAUGUUGGCUCGAACUACAUUCGACGAUUUCAGAGAUAUUUUUGAUACAGUUCGUAGAAACGAACAAUAUGCCCCGAUACGUGUCGAAGUGAAGUAUUCGACUUACCAAUCCAGAAUGCGGACCGAACGAUUAAAUAACGUACCACCCGUUCCUCGAACUUUGGCAGGACUAUAGCUAAUGUUUUGGCAGAUUAUCCACCCGUGAGAAACUAUUAUAGAGGAUGUGCCCCUAUCAAGGUGUAGACAAUUAUACGCUGAUGGGACCUUUAAAAUAAGGCCAAGGAAACCCCACUAUGCGCAGGUGUUUAUCGUUCACUUUCGAAAGAUGAAUACAGCUUUAGCAAAAUCUUGGAACGAAAAUAUCCCUAUGGAAUUCGAGUACAUCCUGGAGAGGGCUUAUGCGGUAGCACAUUUGCCUCCAGAGAAAGUUGGAGAAGGAUUUAUGCACAUCACUAGCCUUCUUGAUAAUGUAGCAAAUGGAAAUGGCGUUAAUCCAGCUAUACUACAAAAGCUGCAAGAUUUUGCAGCUUAUCUAAAAAGAUAUUGGCUACCACUUGCUGAAGUAUUGUCAGUCUUCCAAAAAACCGUUAGGUCCAAUAAUACUUGUGAGAAUUUUCACUUGUAUGCAGCAAAGAAAAUGGGAAUACGUUCCAACGUUUAUAGAAUGUUAGACGGAAUGGGGGCUCAAAUGGAUAAGACAGCAGCGAAUUAUGAAAUGGCUGAACGAGGUCUUAUAGUAACAGUUCAGCGACCAGCGCGUCUCGUAGAAGCUGACUUGGCUAUACAGCGAACUGAAAAUGAAUUUCUAUUGGGGCGUUAUGAUGUGGAAGAGUAUCUAACGCACAUUGCUGGUUUGAGGCGUUAUCAUUUUGCAAGAGUGUGCAAUGUAUGCUACUCGAAGGAGCAUCUACAUAAACUGCCAACCUGCCCUCACCGUAUCUGCAACAAUUGCUUACGGAAUCUGAUCAAAAGGGAAUGUCCAAACUGUAGAACACCUAUAACAACUUAUUUACCUGAACAUAUGAUGGGAGGCGAGGUAUGGAGUCAAAACAUCCCGGCACAACUCCAGCACGAGUUCUAUAAACAUUUAUUGAGAGAUAUUGAAGAGAUGGAUUCCAAUUCUGACAUAGAUCUUUCUGAUAUAAAUGAUUGAAAAAUGAAUGAAGAAGAAGAGGACUUACAGGACAUCAUGAACAACAAAUAAAUCCAGGAUAUCACGGACGUGUAGGAAACCCAGGACGUGAAGGACAUCCAGGAGAUCCAGGCUAUUAAGGACAUCGAGGAGAUCGAAAACAGGACAUCCAGAAGGAGAUCCAGGGGAUUAAGGACGUCGAGGACAUCGGAGACAACAUAUAGGACAUCAAUGCCAGAGAUGAAUCGCUAUUAUCCGGAAGUGGCUGCCAAGAUAGCGGCCUAUGUACACAUACACACGCACACAUACGCGAGUGCACUUACACACACAAGCGCACACUUAGACACAUAUACACACAUGUAUACGUAACACACACGCGCGUACACAGGGCUAUUAUACAUCGUUCCUUAUAUGUAGUAUACGUGUAUAAACGGACAGGGGAAAAGUCAGUGGGGCCAAUGUGAGGAUUGUAAGUGACUGAUGCAGGGAAGAGAAACGAAGUUGCAAUACCUAAUCUUCCGGAUGUAAACAAUGAAGGUAUGCUUUCUGCAAUUUCAAGUUAUUGGAGUCGUUAAGUAUAAUUAUUCAACAACUCCAAGAACUUGAAAUUGCAAAGCAGAAGGCACACGUUUACUGUUUUCAUCAUGGAAGGUUAGGUACUGUUACGGCAAGCCUGUUCGUUUCUCUCCCCUGCAUCCGUCACUAACAGUUUGUACGUUGGCCGCAUUGAUUUCCAUCCCGUACGUUUACGUAUGCGUAUUAUGCAUACCGAACGAUGUGGAAUGGCCCACACAGACAUAUACGCCCAUGCACACAUGUCGCGCGCACAUACACAAGCACACUGUGGAUUAGGCCUAUACCUUGUUGAAAUUUAAUAGAAUAUUUUAAAUAAUUCAGUUUAAUACAUUUCUUUUUUGCACCCUUUUCGUUAGAUUCUUUAAUUAAAUUAAGAAUAUAAUGAUAAGUCUCGAUGACUAAUUUUUAUAGUAAUAUCUUUCGUUUGUUGAUUAUAUUAGUGAGAAAUUGUGUACGACACGACCAAUACCUUAUUUAAGCUACCAAUACAAAUAUUUCGUAAAAUAUACAUUAUUAAAAUAUACAUUGUUGUAAAUGAAUAAAAAUAAUCCAUUAAAUUAUAAA